GAAACACUGCAGAACUAACAGACUGACCCAAUUCUGUUUAUAUAAAGAGCCAGUUGUGCAGUUUUAGCAGAAAACUGAAGUAGGUGAAACAACUAUUUCCCUUUGAACUACAAUAGGAAGCCAUGAAAUUCUUCCUUGUUCUGUUGCUCUUGGUAUACUGUUGCCAUGGAACUAUCUCAUGUCCAGAACUUUGCACAUGCUACCCAAGAAGGGCUGAGGUGGUCUGUAAUGAAGUCCCUCUCACAGACUUCCCUUCUGAAGACCUCCCCAGAAACACCACGUCCUUGUCCAUCCAGUUCACCAACAUCAGCUUCAUCUCUGAAGACCAACUCACUACUCUACCUGCUUUGGAAGAGCUGCACCUGUAUCACAACCAACUGAAGAGGCUUCCCUCCAAUCUUUUCCGUGGUGUUCCACGCCUGCGCAUUGUGGACCUCACAGGAAACCAGCUAGAUCAUCUCCCUGAAAAGGUCUUCAGUCAUGCUCCACUACAAAGUCUUGUGCUCAAAAGAAACUUGAUCCAGAGUGCAGAUGCUGAGUGGUUGCCAGAAGAUAGUAAUGUCACCUGGCUGGAUUUAUCAAAGAACCGCUUAACUGCUGCACCAACAGCCCUUCUGCAGAGGCUUCACCACCUAGAGAUUCUAGACCUCUCCCACAACCGCCUGGAGAAGUUGGCUGCUGAUUCACUAAGCCCUCUGACCAAGCUUGAGAGACUCAACUUGCAAGGAAACAAACUGAGCAAGCUAGAGCCAGCAACCUUCAGCACCAACGGGAAUCUGACUCACCUGUACCUGUCAGAAAACCGACUGGAGAAGCUUCCCCUAGAUGUCUUCGAAGGGCUCCACAGUCUUAAGGACCUUAGUCUGAAUGACAACCGGUUAAGUCACAUCCCUCCUGGUGUCCUGGACCAUCUCAUCUCUCUGGAAUGGAUCGGACUGGACCUUACUCUCAAUCCAUGGGUGUGUGAUGGAAAGAUGGAGUACCUUUGGAGGUGGCUGCAGAAGAACAAGGAGAAAACCUUCCUGGUAGAAAACACCACAUGUGCCAGUCCCAAGUCCUUAAAAGAGCGUCCAGUUCUAUCAUUGACCGAAAGUGACCUUGUCUAAGCCAAGAGUACAUACCCACUCAAUCCCAUUAGUAUUUGUUUUAUUCCUAUUUUGUCAAUACUAUAUCAAACUCAUACUGAUCUAAAGUAGAUAAGGUUUGGUGCUGGAUUUGAAAACUUGAAAUCAACUUGAAAUCAACUGUCCUAGCCUGACUCAUAAUUAUAGUCAGAAUAUGAGUCUGAUAACUCUCCGUUGGGCUGUGACUAUGGGGUGUGUUUCAACCGAACUCGUAAAACAAAUGCCUCUUCGCUCAAUUGGAUAGACCUACAACCAAUCAGAGCAACGUAAUAUGUUGUUUGUUGAAAACGAAUUCAACCCAAUCGCUCUUUCGUGACGUUGUUGAUUACGUUACUGUUGAUCAUCUGUCAAUCAUCGUAUAAAGCCCGCCCUGACAAUUUAACAUAGUUUUCCCCCCAAACGUGCCCCCCCCAGACCCAAUUUCCCGACCAAAUUUUUUUGUGGGCGGGGAUGAGUUGGGCUGGGAGCCAGGUUUCAACUGUCCCAUAGAUGUGUUGAAAACGUACUUAUAAAAAAAAAGGUAAGCUAUUUCUCAAGCCACUAGAUGGCAUUAGAUGUUUAAUGUUUUUUGCAAGAGAGAUGUCUGAGGAAAGACGAUCUGUAAAUACAACAAAAAUUAUUUUGUAUAAUACGAUAUUUUGCCCAAUAAAGCAUUGGUUU